GCGGGGGCGGGGGGAGAGCGGGCGCGUCACGAAGGAGCGAGUCAGAACCGGAGAGCCGGGAACUGGGAGGCCAUGGCCUACGCGUAUCUUUUCAAGUAUAUCAUCAUCGGGGACACAGGUGUUGGGAAAUCAUGUUUAUUGUUACAGUUCACAGACAAGCGGUUUCAACCAGUCCACGAUCUCACUAUUGGUGUUGAAUUUGGGGCUCGAAUGAUCACUAUUGAUGGAAAACAGAUAAAGCUUCAGAUAUGGGAUACGGCAGGGCAGGAGUCCUUCCGUUCCAUUACAAGGUCAUACUACAGAGGGGCAGCAGGGGCUUUACUAGUGUAUGACAUUACAAGGAGGGACACUUUCAACCACUUGACAACUUGGUUAGAAGAUGCUCGUCAGCAUUCCAAUUCCAACAUGGUUAUAAUGCUUAUUGGAAAUAAAAGUGAUUUAGAAUCUAGACGAGAAGUCAAGAAAGAGGAAGGUGAAGCAUUUGCACGAGAACAUGGACUUAUCUUUAUGGAGACAUCUGCCAAAACUGCUUCCAAUGUAGAGGAGGCAUUUAUUAACACCGCAAAAGAGAUCUACGAGAAAAUCCAGGAAGGAGUUUUUGACAUUAAUAAUGAGGCAAAUGGCAUCAAAAUUGGCCCUCAACAUGCUGCUGCCAACGCAACACUCGCAGGCAAUCAGGGAGGACAACAAGCUGGAGGAGGCUGCUGUUGAGCCUGUUUUUACUUUCUAGCUGCCUGGCUGGGGCCUACUAACUUGUUUGUUCAUCCUUCCCUCCCCCACCGCCCCGCUCGCCUCCACUUCAGUUCAACUGAGACAUGAAACUUGUAAGUUGGUUUCCUGUUGCAGAAGACUUUAUCCUUCAAAUUCUUGUAUAACUUUGAAUAAAUGGUUAAUGUUCACUUAAACCCCAGAUUUUGGAGAUUGUAUUCAUAUCUAUUUACAUUUGAUUUCUAGGUCAAUUGAUGUGAUUAUUUUUGUUAAAUGUUGUCUUGUGCCCUUGGCUACGAACUGAAUUGUAUUAAACACUACAAAGUCAUCUGAAUAUUUUAAUCAGUUUGUGUAGUUAGGUUUCCCAGCUCCCUGCAGUCACCUAAUGUUUAAUAUUGUAGAGCUGUCCUCAAAAG